CGAUCACAGCCAACUCGCACAUCGCUCAAUACCCCCAGUCGACUAGUAGUCGACCCUCAAAAAGGAUCUUAAUAAGAAGAAUCCAAUAUGGCGACAGAACAACUCCAGGAUGUUCAGGAGAGCGAGAUUGAGUCCAACUGGGACCAGAUCGUUGAUAACUUCGAUAACAUGGAGCUAAAGCCUGAUCUGCUUCGCGGUAUUUACGCCUACGGUUUCGAACGCCCUUCUGCUAUUCAGCAGCGCGCCAUCGUCCCUGUCAUCAAGGGUCACGACGUUAUUGCCCAGGCCCAGUCUGGUACCGGCAAGACUGCCACCUUCUCCAUCUCUAUCCUGCAGCAGAUUGACCCGACCGUCAAGGGCUGCCAGGCCCUCAUUCUUGCACCCACUCGUGAGCUUGCUCAGCAGAUCCAGAAAGUCGUUAUUGCUCUCGGCGACUACAUGAAUGUUGAGUGUCAUGCCUGUGUUGGCGGCACCAAUGUCCGUGAGGAUAUGGCCAAGCUCCAGGAGGGCGCCCAAGUCGUUGUCGGUACUCCCGGUCGUGUCUUCGACAUGAUCAACCGCCGUGCUCUCCGCGCGGACACUAUCAAACUCUUUUGUCUCGACGAAGCCGACGAGAUGCUGUCCCGUGGUUUCAAGGACCAAAUCUACGAAGUCUUCCAGCUCCUUCCUCAAGAUACUCAGGUCGUCCUCCUCUCUGCCACGAUGCCCGCAGACGUCUUGGAGGUCACCAAGAAGUUCAUGCGCGAACCUAUUCGCAUUCUCGUCAAGCGUGACGAGCUAACCCUCGAGGGUAUCAAGCAGUUCUACAUCGCUGUGGAGAAGGAGGAGUGGAAGCUCGACACCCUCUGCGAUCUUUAUGAGACUGUUACCAUCACCCAGGCUGUCAUCUUCUGCAACACUCGCCGGAAGGUAGACUGGCUGACUGAGAAGAUGCACGCUCGCGAGUUUACCGUUUCGGCUAUGCACGGCGACAUGGAGCAGAAGCAGCGUGAGGUCCUGAUGAAGGAAUUCCGUUCGGGAUCUUCUCGUGUCCUCAUCACUACCGAUCUGCUUGCCCGUGGUAUUGAUGUCCAGCAAGUUUCCCUUGUCAUCAACUACGAUCUGCCAACGAAUCGCGAGAACUACAUCCACCGUAUCGGUCGUGGUGGUCGUUUUGGCCGUAAGGGUGUUGCGAUCAAUUUCGUCACCACUGAAGACGUCCGCAUGCUCCGUGACAUUGAACAGUUCUACAACACACAGAUUGACGAGAUGCCCCUCAACGUCGCCGACUUGAUUUAGACGAUUUAUAUCCUACGCUACGCCCGCAUAUUGCAAGCCACCGGUUGCACCACGAAACUGAUACGAAUUCAGGCGGAUCAUCUUUAUCUCUCGCUUGGCCCUUGACACACAAUCUGCAUCUCGUUCUCACUCCACGCUAUAUAUCUGCCACGACAGGGUUCAAUCACGCUUUCUCUGUUCCUUACUUAGGCCUGCCUCAUCGUCCGUUCUGUCUACUGUUUAUUCUCGCGCUUCCGUCAUUCUUCGACUGUCCCCCCAAAAGUGUAGUGCAGCAUGUACUAUGAGAAUUAUGCCUUUGUCGUUAGUAGAUGUCUUACUAUCAUCAUGUUCUCG